AUGAAACGCACUGCACCUUCUCCAAAACGUAGGGGACUCUUCAAACAUGAGCCGCACCAACUCAAUCCCAAUAUAUCUGCAUUGUGCCCAGAGGUCAUCAGCAUCAGUCCUGCUACUGCCAGAUCGAUGAUCGCAAAGAUCAACUCCGAGCACGCGGAUAGGCACUUGGAUUUCCAAAGCGCCGGUGACCAGCUCGAGCUUCUGAGGCUUGAGACCUUGCGCCUCAAAAUGAUGGAGUCCAUGGAUUCCAAGUCUCAUCCACCUAAUGAGGUGUCACCUCAGCACGCGACUCCCAUCUCAACCCAGAGCUUGGGAGAACCUGGUCCCACCGUCCCAAACUCGAUGCGAACCUCCAUUCGACCCCGUACUGCAGUCCUGAGCGAAAGUGAGAUCAGUGUUCUUGAUCUCGGUCCCAGUCUACAUUCUCCCCACCUUUCAGCUCGAGCCUCUCGUCGCAACUCAACCUCUGCAAAUGCUCAUCACGGACUACUCGGCCUCGCCCGUACCACUGCUCCCAACUUUAUGCCAGGGCCUGGUAGCGAUACUUCGGAUAAGCCAUCUGACCACCAGCUCCGGACAGACGACCUUGAAUCUGUCGCUCUCACUUCCGCCAGUGGCUCCAUCAACAAUGAAUUUCCUCUCAACUUACGUCAACGCCGCCAGAACAGAGCUAACAUCACUCUUCCCGGCCCCCAUGAGCUACAAACUCAUCGCGUAAACCAUUCAUCUACCAUCAGUGAGGCUACUCAUGGUCUGAGAGAUCAAUUCGACUUUGGUAAUAGCCCUACUUUCUUCCCAGAUGAGUCCAGCCGCCGGAUUCACUCGCUGUCUGUCCCGCAAUCUCCCCAGUCUCCGCCCCUGCCGCCCAUGCCAACUCUACGACGUGCUCAGAGCUCAUUCAACGGAAUGGAGCCGGCUUUUUCAGCUAUGCGCAUUGCGGAGCGGGUGAAACGAAAUGCACGCGACGCUGCAGGGUCUCGGGAUGCCGAUCGGAAGUGA